AUGCUCUCCAUGAAUCAAUCCCAGUUCGGAGGCAUGGGUGACAUCGAUCCCAUGUUUGACCAACCUUUCAUGUCUCAGUCCGGCAAUUACGCGCAUAUGGAUGAUCCUCACGACUUCCUUUUCACGGACCCUUUGAGUGUCGACCUGGACUCUGGCUCAGCCCUGAGCAGUCCAACAGAUAUCACCCCAUCUAACAAUCGCAUCGCUCAGAGUGUCGACUCUGAGAAUAAACACCAACCAUUCAAGCAGCCUCCCGUUGAGUCCCGACACCACAACCGUCGGAGUCCACGGUCAAUCUCAGUUGAGAGCCAAAUUAUGCAGCCUAAGGCCAGCAAUUUUGAUCUUUCAAAUGUCUCGACACUACCUCGUGGUAUCGAGGAAAAACAUUCCCCAGGCACCCAUGGCUGUGAUUUCGACUUGGCAGAGUCUCGACAUGUCAAAGCGCGUCGGACAAGCAGAAAGGGCAGCAUCGUCAUCGCCAACACUAUGGUUUCGCCCGUGUCUAUGCAAUCAGAGGCUAGUGACGAGACCAAGAAUAACUCUACGGAGCCGUCUGAGCCGCCCGCUGGCCAUACCACCAAACACGAUAUCCACCGCGAGAAGAACCGUAUAGCCGCCGGCCGAUGCCGAGAGAAGUCCAAGAAGCAGGUCGACGAGCUGAGAACGCGUGAGAGGGAGCUGUCGGUCCAGAAGGCCUGCUUGUCUACAUCUGUCGCCGAGCUCAAGGACGAGGUGCUCGCCCUCAAAUACGAAAUCCUAAGACAUGGCAACUGCGAAUGUCCCUACAUCCAACGAUAUCUUUCACAAGCCGCAGAAUCCAUAUGA